AGUCACCUAUUACGGGGUCCUUGCACACAGCAGGUACCUAGUCACUCUUUUUAGUUGUAGGGGGAGGAAACCUAGACAGGUAGGGUGGAGAAACGUAGCCUCCGGGGUCACCACGGCCCUGAGCUAUUUCUUGGGAAUUUCCUUUGGGUGCGACCUUAAUCAAGUCUCCACCACCGCCACCCAAUUCCCAAUUGUAUGUUGUAGCGGUUGAACCAGCUGGUUUCUGCAGGUCCCGCAGGCUUUUAAGAUCUGGUAGUUCUCGGACACACAGUUUCAAUAUAUGUCGCAGAAUCUGUUAAACCCUUCGAAAAACUCAGGUGUUCCAAGGACCAGGGGCCAUCACACCCUGUCGCCCGCACAUCUCGCGAGAUAAGGCUUUGGCUGCCGCCUGAGAUCUCGCGGUUGCAGCAGCCUUGGUGGCGGGGAGAGGAGGAAAAAAAUAAUAAAAAUAACGCGGCCCUUGUUCUCGCGAGAUCCACGGCCCGAGCUGGGAUUUGGGUCUCGGGACAGGGGCUGAAGCCGGUUCUGGCUGCGCUCAGCAGGGUCUUCGGGGAAGAUGGCGGACGUGUCCGGCAACAACGGUGACGCGGCGGGCCCCGUGGGGAAGGAGGCGGUAGAUCGAAUGAUUCGAGAGAACAACCAUCUGUUCACAGAUGUCCAAUGUAAAGUGUGCAAUGCAGUACUCAUUUCAGAGUCCCAGAAACUCGCCCAUUACCAGAGCAAGAAACAUGCAAAUAAAGUGAGGAGAUACACAUCUAUUCACAAAGAGGAGGAGUUUAAUGAUGGAAAAAAAUUGAAGCUAGAUGAAGAACAGGAGAGCAGCCAUAGCGAUGACAGGGAUCGGUGCUGUGCCAUCUGCAACAUGACCUUUUCUUCCCCCAUCGUGGCCCAGUCUCACUACCUGGGGAAGACCCAUGCCAAGAACAUGAAGUUGAAGCAGAGUAACUCCCAGGCGGAAGUUCUACCAAAACUCCACAAGAAUGCUGUAACUCCUGGUCUCAGUGAAGAUAGUAGUGAUACAUCUGAUCCUGACAAGUUCUGCAACCUUUGCCAUGCAACUUUCAACAAUCCCUCCAUGGCCAAGCAGCACUAUGUUGGCAAAAAGCACAGAAAACAAGAGACCAAAGUCAAGCUAAUGGCUCAUUAUGGCAAGAGCAAGGAUUCCCCCAUUACAGCUUCAGAAGCUGGGUGGGGCUACCCCUGCAACACAUGCAAAAUCAUACUGAAUUCCAUAGAGCAGUACCAGGCGCACAUCAGUGGCUUCAAGCACAGGAACCAUACACCAGGAGCUGUGCCGAUCCUAGGACGCUUUCCAAAGCAGCAGUAUGUUCGAGAAGAAACAGUGUCCUCAGGAGACUACAGUUACUUUAGCCAAGACUCCUAGAGCCAGUGGCAAUACUGUUCUCUUCAAGCUGGUGCCAGCCAAGAACAAGCAGCUAGUGUCAACUCUCAGCGAUUCUUUUAUCUGGUCAGAGGUGGCCUAUGUCUCCCUCUCAUAGUGACUGUGCAGGACAAAAACAGAAAUGACUUAGUUUGGGAAAGAUAUGAUGGAGCAAACUUUGAUCUAUCUCGUGUAUCUAUUAGGAAGCUCUUUUGGCAUAAUCUGUUAAUUGACAUCUUGUUCUGUGUGUUUCUCAAACAUACAGGUGGUGUCCUUCCUUUAUAUGUCACUUCUUGCCACUCCUCUGCCUCUAAGCUAUGUCCCUGCCCUCUACAAAUAGUGCGGAACUCUUAGAUUUCAAGAACAGAAAAGCUUGAGUGGUUUAUCUUAGAUAGGAGUAAUAAUAUAGAGUUGGAUAUUAGCAGAAUUGUUAUCCCUAAUUCCCACUUGAACUUUUGUGUCUAAGUGUGUUUUACUUGGUCUUCCCUGAUAGGGGUAAACUUGCAUAGGAUUUAUUGCUCUGUAUUUGGAAAGACAGUUCCUUGGGCUUUUUCCUAGUGCCCUGGACACCUUCUAGAGAAACCAUGGAAUGUGAGUGCCAAACCAUGGCAGGGGUAGAAAACAAAAAACUCAAUGUUCCUAAGACAACUUCUAGCAAGAUAUUAGACAACUCUAUCCUUCAAAAGAAAGGCACUUUAGACCAAGUUAUUUCCAAUUGUGCAGGAGGGAGUCCCUUUUAAAUCUAAUUGAUAUGUUGAAAUGUUUUCAUUUCCAGAAAUGUUUUCUUUUUUGGAAACCUCCAAAAUCCACUUUUCACAAUAUCUAAAUGGUAACUAGGGAGGUCAUGCUACUCUGGGCAUACUCAGUGUGGGCAGCACAGGGGUUUUUUCCCUCCCAGUUGGUGCUGCUCCCAUUCAUAUGUCACUGGAAGGUAACUCUGAGAGUACAAUUUAAAGGAAGUCCUUUGGUAGCAGUUCUAUUUCCCCAAGGUCCAUUGCCUAUCUGCUUUACAGACAUAGACCACAUUAAAGUCUUUAUUCACCUGACCUUUCAGACUUUCUUCUUCCCUUGGAUCUGCAGUCUCCUACCAGAAGAGAAUACAGUGGUGAUAAAUGGAAACUCUGGAGAAGUAUAGGAAGGGCUCUUUGCAGGAAACGGCCCUUAGGUAUCAGGGGACUAACUGGUGUAAUUUUUCAUCCAUAGGUCUUCCAGGCUAGAAAGAAUUGUUUUCAAAUGAUCAGAGAAGAAAGCAGGAGGGAGGGUAAAGAAGUUGACCUAGACCAUCCUAUGCAAACAAGAUGGAAGAGAUCUGAGCAAUUCCAUGGAUAAUAGGAAAGGAGUAAACCAAGAAGGACUGAAGAUACUUGAGUUGGACAUAAUAUCUAAUGGAACAAGGUCAUGAAGAAUGAAAAGAAGUGGGAUUGACGGUAUAGACAGGUUAAUUCCUUGUCAAGGAAAAGGAGUCACUUCUUCCUCACAAAAUUUAAGGAAGAGAAAGUUUUCAAAGAUGUAGUUUAUAAAUUGUGGAGGAAGGAAAUUCAUAUCCUAUGGCCUCAAUUUUCUCAAAGUAUGAGAGAAGGUUACCUCGUAAAGAAGAAAUAUGAUGUUGGAGGCUUAAAGAGAGAGAUAGUAUAUAAUAGCCAUUUUAACAGCAAGACUAUACCAGUAAGGGCCCAGUUGAGAUUAGGUGGUUUUUUGUGGUUGAUCCCAGUUAGCAACUUUUGGACAUUUUGACAAACUUGAGUGGUUUGUAAGUAGAAAAGAAGGCACUACAUGAUAAGAGUUGCUCAUGGUUGAGCUUAGCAAAGCAAGAAUGUUGGAAGGCUAAGGACAAAGGAAUCAAGGAUAAAAGAAAAGUCAUUACUAAAAUGGCUUAUCAUAGAGUCAAGAUUGAGCAGAAAAGGACAAUAGUCAAAACGGAAUUUAUAGAUUAGGAAAAUAGGAAAAAACUAAGGGGUGGAAAGUGAGGAUUAGGACAAAAAAAAGAUGAAAGGAAAAUUGGAAGUGGAAGUGAGCAGUGCAGGGAAAGGAUAACAGAUCAUGAUCAAAGAUGAAUUUCAGAGUUUGGGAACAUGGAAGUCUAGCAGUUUCGCAUGGUGAGGAUGUGAUUACCCUGAAAGGCCGCUUUUUAAAAAUUUAUUUAAAACUAAUAUUUAUUGAUAAACAGUAAAUUUAACAUCUUUGACUUAGAUCUUUGACUCCAAAUUUGUUGCCCUUUCCACUUUACAUUACUGAAAGAGACUCAUUGUGGGGUUGCUAAGAGUGAAUUCAAGGAAGCAUAAAGACAUUGUUGCAAAGAUCAUCAACAUGGACAUUAAAGUCUCUAAGGAUAAUGACUGAGGAAAAGGAAGACUAAGUCAAUUCAUAAAGAAAAGUGGGAAGAGACACUAAGGAAGUCAACAGAUAAUAGCAAAGAUGAUUGGGAACAUAUUUUGGAUGGCAUAAACUUCCCACUUUCUUUUGUUUUAGAUGUGAUGACCACUUAUUUAAAAUCAGCCGGAGUCAGGAAUUCAGGUUAAGGGAGAAAUCGUCAAUUUUUAUUCUCAGUAGAGAGAAUUCUCAGUAGAGGUAAAGAAGGAUUGCGAUAGCAAUAUGGGCAGCUGUGACAGGAAGCCAGCUAGCAGAAGGGGAUUGGAGGUGAAGGGCCGUUGCGAUAGCAAUGCGAGCAGCUGUGUCAAGACACCAGCCUGAAGUCUCUCUUUCCGCUUCCCUUUCCACUCCCCGGCCUCCACCCACCAAAAUCGUCAUUUCCUAUACAACACAUCAGGACUUGCACAAAGAGUGGGCAGGGGCCAUUCUUUCUCCAAGCAUAUAUAUUAAUAGACUAUGGUCCAAUUACUAUGUAGCCUCACGUGCUUAGGACCUCAGUGCAUCAACUCAAGUCUCAGCCCAUUACAAGAACACAGGUAGUUGGUCACACCAUCCCUGACUUCUCAGGGAGGUGAGAACCCCAAAAAGGAGGUGAUCACACCCUUCCUGACUUCUCAGGAAGAAAGAUGAAAAACACCAAAGGUAAGUGGGGAGUCAAGCCAGAUAUUGUUAGUGGGUUUCUAGGCUGAAGGAUUUUAUUAAAAAUAGGUAUACACAAACCCAUCAGCAUGGGAGAUAUUAUACAAGCACAUAUUAAUAAAGCACAGGCUAUUAGUGAUUACACUCCCCGUAGCCAUGCAGGCUCAAUGUGGUGUAACAAACAUGAAUUGUACAUGAAAGUAGUGAUAUAACAAACAAUAUGAAUCAACAUGGUAUUGUAAAAGAUUUCCAGAAGUCCUAGAAGGAGGGUAUGUAAAUAACAAUCACACAUACACCUCCUUCCACAACCAAGAGAUAGUCUAUAACCAAUCUUUAUCCAUUACUUCAUGUGUCAGGGAUUCCAAUGAUCUCUACAAGUUUUUGAAGUCCUGCAACAGUCUUAUCAUGUCUCAGGGAAUCCAACGAUUCCUGCGAUUUUGAAGUCUUGCAACAGUCUUAUCAUGUCUCAGGGAUUCCAAUGAUUCCUUGAGGGUUUUCAAGUCCUACAUUAGUCUCAUUAACAAUUUUUGAUGUCCAUGAGUCAAAUACCAUAACUGCCAUGUUCAUUCAGUGGUGGGCACAGUCAGCAACGGAACCACCCGAUAUUUCUUGGGUCUUAUCCUUCAUUUUAAGGAUCUUCUUUGUCUCUCUCCAAUGGACAAGGCGAAUAUGGCUCAUUGGCACCCAUCUGAUUCCUUCUCCAUCUGUAGAGAUACAAGCAAACUCUCUCCCCCAAGCAGUUAGCCUAUCUGGUCCAUUCCAUUCACCACUUUCUGGAUCUCUCCACAUUACCUAGCAAUUAUCUAAGGAUAAUUGGAGCUGCUCACACUGGACACUGCUCUUCCAGUGGGUAAUAAAACCUGUCUGCUGGAACCAGUGCAUCAUUGUCAAAAAUCAAAAAGUUAAUUGUAUAGAGCUAAAUUUAGAAAUUCUCUAGGGUUACUCGUGGCUCCCCCUUUCUUUUGUUUUUGGAGGAGCGUCUUAAUGUCUCUGUUUCUCCUCUCUACUAUAACCUGUCCUUGAGGAUUAAAGGUGUGUAAAUUCUUAUACUGUGCACAAAAGUGUGCAAAACAUUUAGAAGUAUAUGCAGGUCCAUUAUCUAUUUUUAUUGCUUGUGGCAUACCCAUCAUUGCAAAUGCUUGUAUAAGGAAUUCAGUGACCCCUCGGGCUGUCUCUUUUGCUGCUGGUAUUGCAAAAAUGAAUCCUGAAAAGGUGUCCACUAUAACAUGGAUAAAAGACAGAUGACCAAAAGAUUUAUAAUGGGUCACAUCCAUUUGCUACAUUUCAUUGGGUCUCAAACCAUGAGGCUUCUUCCCUGGAGGGAGCAUAGGAGUGUGGAAAGGAAGGCAAGCUGUACAGGUUUUUACUAUGCUCCUAGCUUCCUCUUUUGUUAUCCCAAAUUGUAAAUGUAAAGCUUGAGCAGCCUGGUGGUAUUUAGAAUGGGAUUCUUGGACUUCCAAUAAAGAAGUAUUGGCCAACAUAGUUAGAAGGCUAUCUGCCUUUGAAUUACCAUCCAAAAAAAGGACCUGGAAGUCUACUUUGAGAGUGGACAUGCAAGAUAUAACUCUUACCUGAAUGCUUUCUCACUUGCUCUUGAAGUUUCUUAAAGAGUUGAUAUAUAUUAGAGGCUACAAAUUUUAUUAGGGUUGUGGCAAUUCUUUGUACCAUACCUACUGAAUAGGCCGAAUCAGAUAUUAUAUUCAUGUCUCCUGGAUAAUAAGUAAGAGCUAGAAUGAUUACAUACAAUUCAUUCUGCUUAGUGGACUGACAAGGAGUUCUGACUACUCUCUUUACAGUUAAGUCACAAGAGUAUACAACACAAAUGUUGUGUUUGGAUGCAUCUAUAAAGAUAGUUGGUCCUUUAAGAGGAACUUUAGAAAUCUUUUCUUCAAGAACCCAUUUCCAAUUAUGUAUAACUGGGUUAUCUUUAAUGGGGACCCAUGUGUAAAAUUUGGAGCCAUGGCUAAUAAAAUUUGCCACUCUGG